UCUGAUAUUAGUUUUGAUAGCGAUUUCUCUUCUUUGCUGCGAUGCAAGAAGUAUAUCAAAAGAAGAACAUUUGAAAAUGAAGAGAGAACUCAAGCGUCUCAACAAGCCUGCUGUGGAGAGCAUUCAGACGGAAUAUGGAGAUAUCUUUGAUUGUGUAGACAUUUAUAAGCAACCAGCUUUUGAUCAUCCUUCACUCAAGAAUCACAUAAUUCAGGUUAGUCUCUCUUUCUUUUCAUUUAUAGGCCAUACACCAAGAUUUGCAGUGAUCAGACAAUCCUACUACUCACAUUCCUAUCCAAAAGGGAUGGAGAAUAAACACCCUUCAAAUACAAAUCUAGAGUUUGGGCUCAAGGAAGGUGGGUGUCCAUUUGGGACCAUACCUAUUCGACGGACUACAAUGCAAGACCUAUUAAGAGCUAAAUCUCUCUCUGAUUUUGGUAGAAAGCCUGCAACCGAUGUGACCCAUCAUACAAUAGGCUGCUACAAUCUAUUGUGCCCUGGUUUUGUACAAGUGAGCAAAGAUAUAGCCCUUGGCUCUUUCCUGCGAACUUCUGUCUACAAUGGAGAUCAACAGGAGGAAGUGACCCUGGCAGUAUUUAAGUCCAUCUUCACAAGCUUAGCCGACAAAUCAACUGGAACUGAUUGGGGUGGUGAGACGUGCACACCUGAAGGAAUCAAAAGCCCCCCAAUGGGAAGUGGACAAUUUCCUGAUGAAGGGUUUAAAAAGGCCUCUUAUAUGAGGAGGCUGCAGUAUGUGGACAACACCUACACUUUUAAAGACAUCCCCAACACUUUUAAAGACGUCCCCAAUGAUGGCUUCGUCUAUUCAGAUCUGCAGUGCUACAAGUUGAAUGAUGGUGGCAACUUAGGUGGGUUCUGGGAUAGGAAUUUCUUUUUUGGCGGGCCAGGUGGAUGCUAG